AUGACAGAGUCAUUGCUUUCGACAUUUUUUGAAAAGGUGUUUGAGAGGGUGGCUGAUCCCCUGAUCAGUGGCUUGUUCCAAAAUAAGGGUUUCGAUCAGACGCUACUUGACAAGCUGAAGACUGUACUGGUGAAGGUUGACGUGGUGCUCAGUGAUGCAGAGGAGAAGCAGCUCACGAAUUUGAAGGUGAGAAAGUGGGUCAAUGAGCUCAAAGAUACUAUCUACCAUGCUGACGAUCUGUUGGACGAGAUCAUCACUAUACGCAAGCUGGAAGCUGAAGUCAAGGUAAAUCAGGUACUGGAAUUACUCUUAUGCUUCUUGGAUCUAAGUUCUAUGCCCAAACUUGAUAAAGAUAUAGAACCCAAACUCAAAGACAUAGUUGAAAAACUGGAGUCCUUAGCAAACUUGGGACAUCUCAAUCUCAUAGAAAGUGUAAGAGGGAAACCACCAGCAUUGUUACCCUCAACUUCUGUAGUAGAUAUAUCCGAAAUGUUUGGUAGAGAAAACGAUAAAGCAGUACUAAAAAAAAUUUUGCUUAAUGAUAAUUCACAAGAAAAAGGAAUCCCUGUGAUUGCCAUAGUUGGGAUUGGUGGGAUUGGCAAGACGACCCUUGCGCAGCUUGUGUAUAAUGACCCUGAUGUGACUAAACAUUUUAAAGCGAGGGCAUGGGUUCAUGUUACAGAAGAGUGUGAUGUUUUCAAGCUAACUCAAAUAAUUUUUGAAUCGGUCACUUCAAAGAGUUGUAUAUUCACAGAUCUGAACAUUCUUCAAGUCAAACUUAAGAAAACAUUGAUGAAAAAAAGAUUUUUGCUUGUUUUAGAUGAUAUUUGGAAGAAGUUUGAUAUUUGGGAUUUGCUGUCAGGACCCCUAAAAGAUGAAGGCCAGAGUAGGAGUAGAGUUAUAGUGACAACCCGUAAUGAACAUGUUGCAUCACUUAUGCGCCCUGUUUUUAUUCAUCGUCUUUUGCAUUUAUCAGAUGGUGACUGCGGGAGAUUAUUUGCAAAACAUGCAUUUAAUACUAGCAACUCUGACGAUCCAAUCUUGACAGAGAUUGGUCAGAAAAUUGUAACGAAGUGUGCAGGUCUGCCUUUAGCUGCAAAAACAUUGGGGUGCCUCUUGCACUCGAAAGUAGAAGCUGAGGAAUGGGAUAGAAUACUCAAUAGCACAAUUUGGGAUUUACCUGAUAAUGAUGAGGGUGGCUGCAGUGGCAUACUUCCUGCUUUGUAUUUGAGCUAUUAUCAUCUCCCUUCACAUCUCAAACAAUGCUUUGUUUAUUGUUCGAUAUUUCCCAAGGGAUAUAAGUUUGAAAAGGAGAAAUUGGUACUCCUAUGGAUGGCAGAAGGUUUUUUAGAGCACCCAAACAUUAAGAACUCAAUGGAAGAGGUUGGGUAUGAGUAUUUUUGUGAGCUAUUAUCAAGAUCAUUUUUUCAACCAUCAAGUUCUGACGAGUCAUGCUUUGUGAUGCAUGACCUUGUUAAUGAUUUAGCUCAAUUUGCAUCUGGAGAAUUUUCUUGUAAGUUUGAGAAUGGCAAGCAUCAUGGAAUUUCAAAAAAGGCUCGGUAUUUUGCAUACUUAAUGGACCAGUUUGAUGACAGUGAGAAAUUUGUGUUCCUUUCAGAGACGGAGUUUUUGCGAACCUUCCUUUCACUACGCAUUUCAGAUACUAUUGAAUGCUCCAGCGUAUGCAGAAUGGUUGCUGAUGUGUGGUUGCCAGGACUGAAACACCUGCGUGUGCUUUCUUUCUCUUAUCCUACACUCACUGGUCUACAGGAUAAGUCUUUUGACAAAUUGAUACAUUUACGCUAUUUGGAUCUCUCUCACACUUUAAUCAAUAAGUUACCCUCCUCGACAUGUUUUUUGUAUAAUUUGCAGACGUUGUUGUUGUCUAGUUGUACUAACCUCACUGAGUUACCAGAAAAAAUUGUUAUCCUCACUAAGUUACGUCAUCUAAAUGUGAGUGAAACCAAGUUGGAAGAGAUGCCGCCUAAAUUUGGAAACCUAACGAGUCUCCAAUUGUUGACUGAUUUUGUUGUGUGCAAAAAUAGUAAUAGUGGGUCAGAUAUCGGUGAAUUGGGCAAGUUCUCAUAUCUUCGAAGUACUCUUUCCAUCUUAAAGUUGGAGAAUGUCGUCAAAGCUGAUGAUGCUUCAAAGGCCGAGUUGAAAAGUAAGAAAUAUCUUAAAGAGUUGGUUUUCAAAUGGACUCCUGCAACCACGACUCAUCAUGUAAAUGAAGUACUCAACGAGCUUCAGCCUCAUGAAAAUUUGAAGAAGCUUACCAUUGAAAACUACGGUGGUACAGCGUUUCCCAAUUGGUUAGGUAAUGCUAUUUUCUCUAACAUGGUGGUUCUGCGACUUAACAAUUGCAAAUAUUGCACGUCCUUUCCACCACUGGGGCAGUUAUCUUCUCUUCAAGAACUCCUCAUCACAAAGAUGGAAGGAUUAGAAAGGUUGGAGGAUAAUCAAUUUUACGGGACUGGGCAAACUGGAUUCCAGCCAUUUCGGUCUCUAAAAACCCUGAAGUUUACGGAGUUACGACAUUGGAGGCACUGGAUACAUUCUGCACAUGGAGGUGAAGAUUUCCCUUCCCUUCAGGAGCUUCAAAUACAACAAUGUCCAAAAUUCAUUGGAAGCUUACCAAGGCACCCUUCCUCAACGAAUCGGGAGAUUUCUGGAUGUCCUCGGUUUGAAGAGGAGGAAGAGUUGACUCGAAGGGUACAACCACAAGCAUCUACUGACCAAGAGGAGGAGUUAGCUCGAAGGGUAAGACCACGCCGAUGCUGA